GAACAACGGCAGCGGCAACACUCACCUGAAAAGGAUUGGCGGCCUCGGGAUCAGCAAAUGGGUUGCUGUCGAAAUCUGUCAUAGUAUAUUUCGUCGAUAUCGUCCGAAAUUCUGGCUUCAGAGCCCAGUGAUACAAUUACAGCUUCUACGAUGAAUCGGGAAAAUCUUAAGAUGUGUUUUCAUCUGGCGUCCGAAAAUAGCUCGAUUACCACUUGUCACGGGAAAAUGGCGGAUCGUUAUGAACCGGAUUACGAGAAUCUGAGCACCAUGGCACAUCACAGCCAGGCCGAGCAGCGGUCUUAUGCCAACGAGAAGACCCCGUCAACUGGCCCCAUGGAGCCAGAUGUCGCCAGCGACCCUGCAAGUGGCGGAUUCUUUGCUGCCGACUACAAAAAACAUGAAGACUUAAAAUCCAUGCUUGAUGGGAGCAAGGACAACCUGAAACUGGAGGCCAUGAAGAGAAUUAUUGGGAUGAUUGCAAAGGGAAAGGAUGCAUCAGACCUCUUCGCUGCUGUUGUCAAGAACGUUGUCUCCAAGAAUAUAGAGGUCAAGAAGUUGGUGUAUGUGUACCUGGUGCGCUAUGCCGAGGAGCAGCAAGACUUAGCCCUGCUGUCCAUCAGUACAUUCCAAAAAGGACUGAAGGAUCCCAACCAGCUGAUCCGAGCCUCGGCCCUACGGGUUCUGUCCAGCAUCCGUGUGCCAAUGAUUGUACCUAUCAUGAUGCUGGCCAUCAAGGAAAGCGUGAACGACAUGUCGCCAUACGUCAGGAAGACUGCAGCCCAUGCCAUCCCUAAACUAUACAGUCUGGAUCCAGAACAGAAGGAUCAACUGAUUGAAGUGAUUGAGAAGCUACUGGCUGACAAGACCACGCUUGUUGCAGGCAGUGUCGUGAAUGCCUUUGAGGAGGUCUGUCCAGACCGCAUUGAUCUGAUCCAUAAGAACUUCCGCAAGCUGUGCAAUCUCUUGAUUGACGUGGAGGAGUGGGGUCAGAUUGUUAUUAUCAACAUGCUGACCAGAUACUCAAGGACGCAGUUUCUGGAUCCUAACAAGGCUGAUAUGAUUCAGGAGGAGCAGGAGAAAUCCUUCUACGGAUCAGAGAGCGAUAAGGAUGAUGAUGAAGAUGAUGAGGAGAAAGAGAAAGAACCCGUCAAGAAGCCCUAUGUGAUGGAUGCUGAUCACCGCCUCCUACUCAGGAGUGUCAAGCCCCUCCUACAGAGUAGGAAUUCAGCUGUGGUGAUGGCCGUGGCUCAGAUGUAUCACCAUCUGGCCCCGAAAAAUGAAGUGGGAAUGAUUGCAAAGCCACUGGUUAGACUGCUGAGAAGUCACAGGGAGGUACAGUCGGUUGUUCUCAGCAACGUUGCUACCAUGAGUGCCAAGCGUCGUGGCAUGUUUGAGCCUUUCCUCAAGAGUUUCUUCGUCCGGUCUAGUGACCCGACCCACAUUCGUCUCCUCAAGCUGGAGAUUCUGACCAACAUCGCCGGGGAGACGAGCAUUGCCACCAUUCUGAGGGAGCUACAGACCUACGUGACCAGUUCUGACAAGGACUUUGUAGCAGCCACUAUCCAGGCCAUAGGCAGGUGUGCCAGUAACAUCUCAGAAGUGACUGAUUCCUGUAUGAAUGGGCUCAUGGGAUUGAUGUCCAAUAGAGACGAGGCUGUUGUGGCAGAGAGUGUGGUCGUGAUCAAGAAGCUACUGCAGAUGAAUCCCACGGAGCAUAAGGAGAUCAUUCGUCAUAUGGCCAAACUGGCUGACGCCAUCACGGUUCCCAUGGCGAGAGCCAGCAUCCUGUGGCUGAUUGGUGAGUAUUCAGACAGGGUGCCCAAGAUUGCCCCCGAUGUGCUGCGUAAGAUGGCCAAGGAUUUCACCAAUGAGGAGGAUAUUGUCAAGCUGCAGAUCCUGAACCUAGGAGCCAAGCUCUACUUGACCAACUCUAAACAGACCAAGCUGCUGUUCCAGUACGUGCUGAACCUGGCCAAGUACGACCAGAACUACGACAUCCGGGACAGGGCUCGCUUCCUGCGACAGCUCAUCUUCCCUGGAGAGAAAGGUGGCGCCCUCAGCAAACACGCCAAGAAGAUCUUCCUGGCCCCCAAGCCCGCCCCGGUCCUGGAGUCUGUCUUUAAGGACCGUGACCAGUUCCAGUUGGGUUCCCUGUCCCACAUCAUCAAUGCCAGAGCAUCAGGCUACAUUGAGCUACCAGACUUCCCUGAGGUCAUGCCAGACCCUACGGUUCGCAAUGUGGAGGAGAUUCACGCCUGGGCCAGCAACGAUAAGUUGUCCUCCAAGAAGAAGCCAGUUCGUAAGUCCAAGUCCUUCUACUCCAGCAGCAGCUCAGAAGCUGAGGAACUCUCUGGCUCUGAAGCCAGCAGCGAUGAGUCUGGUUCCGGCGAUGGGUCCGGCAGCAGUACAUCAGAGAGUGACAGUGACGGUACCUCCAGCUCCUCAGAGGAAGAGUCAUCAAGCAGCAGUGAGUCAUCGAGUAGCGAGAGUGACUCAUCGUCGGAUGACUCGAGUGAUAAGGAGAGUGACUCAGAUAGCGAUGUGCCGGCUAAACCAGUCAAGAAGGCCACGCCAAAAGCCACACCCACCAAGACCAAAGGAAGCAAAAAAGAUGCAGGAAAAGACGGCCAGUCUAAUAUGCAGCUUCUUAAUUUCGAUGACAUUGGUCCUCCAGUGCAGGCAUCCGGAGCCGGACUAGGUGGCGGAAUCCUGACGCCGGCCUUAGCCACCGAUCUGCAAGGGCUGUCAAUCAGCGACAAAUCACCAGGAACGACGGUUAGCAGUGCCAUGUUUACUCCAACCCAAACCUAUGAGUUGUUGAACCGCAUGAAUAGCCAGGGCCUGGCGGCGACGUACCGCUUCACUCGCAAUGUCUGCAUCUACUCAGCCACCAUGGUGUCUGUGGAGCUCAAUUUUACCAACAGCAGUGACGCUGUGAUUCAAACCAUUAAACUAGGGGAAAGCAAGCUGUCGUCCGGUAUGAAGCUUCAUGAGUUCCCUGAAGUCACCAAUCUAGGUGUGGGUAAAUCUGUCUCGGUCACGUUAGGCAUCGACUAUGGAGACACCACGCAACCUGCCAACUUUGAAAUUUGUACUGAAAGUCGUAAGUUCAGCGUUAGCAUCAAGGCACCUGUUGGGGAGCUGUUACAACCAAUCAGCAUCAGUGAGAGAGAAUUCCAAUCUGAACAGAGUAAGCUGAUUGGUAUGAAUGAGAACUCAGACAAGGUCAGCAUUCCAGACGCCAUCAAUAAUGAGAAGGCCAUCAUUUCAAGGGUCGCGGAGGUCGCCAAUGUGCAGAUAGUUCCGGCUAGUGACCCAGAACAUCUGACCUACCGAUUUGCUGCCAAAACCCUGUCCACUGGCUCCCUCGUGCUUCUGACAGUCGGCAAGGGUAAAAUCACGACAAAUUGCGAGAAGAUGGUCAUUGGAAGUAUGCUGGUUAAAGAUAUCAAGAAGUCCCUGCUCAAGGUAUGACACCCCUAAUGUCGGAGUGGAUCCGUCCACUUGUUAAUGAAAAGAGUCACUCCAUUUUGUUUUGUGGGGUUGGUUUCGGUUCAGCAUUAUGACCUUGUAAAAUCUGUGGCUAUAUUAGAAUUGAUAUGCAAAAAUUAUUGCUGUCUUUCCCCUCAAGUAAUAGAUCUCGUGAUUAUUUGUUCCUCUAUUACGUAAAUGUUGUAUAUUGGACAGGUUUAUAGUGAUUUCUGAUCACCCAACUCAAUCUGUUUCUUAACAGAUAACAGCAGACUGAAUAUCAGAACAUAAUGACUGCUUUGUGCACUUUGAAAUGGAACAGGUGUUUCGUGCUUAGCUGAUGUUAUAUAUUCAAUCAAAUUUGCUUACAUGUAAGUUGUGAUUGAAACCAAUGCCAAGAUUUGAGUUUCCAAAAAUCUACAUUCAUUGAUUUUUGACUGGCUUAUCUUCAAAGCAAAAAUGAUCGAUGGGGAUUUACUGACAUUAUUUAUUCAUAGGUGAUCAGAAUAAUUUCUUAUUUUGGCAAGCUGCAUAGGAGUCAAUUCGGGCGAUUUUCAAUGCAGUGCGCCACCAUGAGUUUGCCACGGAGAGUCCUUUUUUUCCCAGUGCAUUGU